GCCAAUUUCCAUCUUUUUCCACUUUAAGGUUAUUAAUAUCCUGAUACUAAAUUAAAGGGCUUAUAUGCCCUCAGACAAAUCUCUGUGGGUUUUUCUGUACAUUUGCACUGUAAUUAUAAAACAAAGCAGAAAUUCUCUAAACGGCAGAUAAGCGUACGACACUAAUGGCGGCAGACUCAACUUUUAAACUAUUCGCGACGUCUGGAGGAGGGUUAGGGUUCUUCGACUCUUCACCGGAGACUCCUCUCCCUCCUCCACCACCGCCUCUCGAAGUUCUUUCUUCUGAGGUUUCUGCUUCGAAUAUAAAAUGCUCCGUUGAACCAGUUAUUAUAGACGGUCUCACUUUGCUCAAGGGACGUGUUAGUACUAAAGAGGUUUUCGGAUUGCCGAAUUCCGACUUAGUACCCGGUGUAUAUGAAGGAGGACUUAAACUUUGGGAAGGCUCACUAGACCUUGUUAAAGCUCUCCGCUCGGAGGUUCAAAAUGGACAAUUAUCAUUUACGGGAAAGCGAGUACUAGAGCUUGGAUGUGGUCAUGGGCUUCCAGGGAUCUAUGCAUGCUGUGAGGGAGCAGCUGCUAUACAUUUUCAGGACUUUAAUGCUGAAGUUUUGCGAUCUCUCACUAUACCCAAUGUUAAUGCCAAUCUCUCAAAAGAUAUUUGUAAUGCUGCAUUAAAGGAUUUAAAUGCGGAGCAUGGGGUAGAACUGCGAUACUUUGCUGGGGACUGGAGUCAAAUCCAUCAAAUUCUUCCUUAUAGAAACACCAAUGAAAGCAAUCAGAGCUUUAGUUUAGUGCAAGAUUCAGUUUCCGGUUAUGAUAUCAUUCUAAUGGCUGAGACAAUAUACUCAAUCUCUGCUCAACAGAGUCUCUAUGAGCUUAUAAAAAAGUCCAUUCAUCAUCCGAGUGGAGUUGUUUAUAUGUCAGCCAAGAAAUAUUAUUUUGGAGUUGGUGGGGGAACACGGCAGUUCCUAUCUAUGGUGGAGAAAGAUGGGAUAAUGGCUGCAAGUCUGGUUGCUGAAGUUGCAGAUGGUUCGUCUAAUGUUCGCGAGGUAUGGAAGCUAUCGAUGAAGUAAAUUCAAAAUUUCGAUUUGGCUGGCUCAAAUGCUCUUUAUUAGUAUAAUGUAGAUGCAGUUGACCUGCCAAAUGUAGAAUGACAUAAGGAUCGGUGUAAACUCGGUGAUUAGAUGGUACUAUAGUAUUAUUGGCUUACCUUAAUUAAUGCUUUGCUUCAUCUUA